UUAGAACUAAUAUGGAUUGAUAUAUGUAUCAAUUCAUGCUGUGCAUAUACUGGACAAUAUAAAAAUUAUGUUCAAUGUGAGUAUUAUAAAGCACUAAGAUUUCAAGAUACAUCAGCAAAUAAAAAUUGUAUUUCUCAAUGUCAGAUGGCCUAUUUUUCAAUUAAAGAUAAACUUAUAAUACAAUAUCAAAAUCCUGAUCAUUCUAAAGAAUUGAGAUAUUGUGCAAAUUAUAAUCAUCAUAAUAAUUUUAAAAUUGGAGAUGUAUUUAAUGGUAAAAGAUAUCGAGAACUUUUGUCUUAUGGAUUUUUUAAUGAUAAACAAGAUAUA